AUGCCGGCGCCCGCGCCCCCGCCCCGCCCCGCCCCGCCCCGCCGGCCCACUUCCGGGUCGCGUCUCCAUGGCGACCGGACCGCGCUCCUGCGCCGUGACGCCGCGGCGGCCAUGUUUGUGAAGGGCACCCGGCGGCCGCGGGGUGCUGACGGCGACGACGUCGGGGUCCAGACGCGCGUGCAGACCGGGCCGCGGCGAGUCGGGGUCCGGAGGGGAGCCCCGACACUGACCACAACAAACAUGGCGGCGGCGGCUUCGCGGAGCGUCGUCGCGCGACGUCCCCGUCGUGCUGCCCAGAGGCGCGAGGCCGGCUGUGCGCAUGUGCGCAUCCUCCGAGGCUGGGCCGGGUCGGAGCCUCCCGGGACGCCGGCCAGCGAGUGUCCAGGGCCGCCGUGGGAGGAGGACGGGCCCUGCUGCCCUGGGCCUGGGACCCUCCAGCCUCCGGAGGCCGCCGUGCCAGUGGCCCAGCCCAGUCUGCCCGCGCGCCCGCUCGGCUCUCCGCGUCUGUGUCCGUGCGGGUCGCCUGAGGCCAUCAGCGGCCUGCUGGACCCCCGGGCCGACUGGCUCCGAGCGUCGAGGGCCCGCCUGGGAGCAGUGGCCGCUGAGAGAAGCCCGGGCUUCUCCGCCCCCAUCCUCAGCUGCAGGCUCCCAGCCCUGUCCUGCCCAGGGUCAGCCCGUCCGGUGCUCCGGGCCCACGGCCAAGCAGAGAGCCCCAUGCGCGCGGCCUCGCGCCUGCUGAGGACCCUCGGGUGUCGGCGCCCGGCGCCCUCGUCGGCGAGCUGCCCACCGCAGCGGCAGGCCAGUGCGGUCGCCCCUUCUCCCGGCUCGCCCCCCCGGCACACGCCCCUCCCGGCCCAGAGUGUGCGGAGGGAGCCCCGGACAGCGGCAGACUCGGUGAGGUGGACCCCGAGCCGACACUGCUGUCAGGACCUGGAGUCGGCCAAGCGAGAAAGCAAAGCAUCGACAGGGAACGUGGACACCUUUGAAAAGGCGAGAGCAAGGCUGGAGGCGCAGGCCCAGGAGGGGUACGAGGUGGUCCACGCCGAGAUCAAACAUGGCGCUUUCGUUUAUUACCAAGAAGGUGUCAGCCUGGUCCGCUGCAAAGUUGACAAAGAGAGCGAGGAUUAUGAAGUUCUGUGCAAUCUGGAAGAGCUGAAACUGGAUCGGCCCUUCCUCGACUCCAUCCGAGUUGCCCCUGACGGGAACUAUGUGGCCGCCAAGGUGACGACGGAGGAGUCGGAGGCCUGUAUCUGCGUGGUGGUGCGGCUCAGCGACCCCCCUGCAGUGGAAGCAUCUUUCCCUGACGUGUCCAGUUUCGAGUGGCUGAGGGGCGAGGAGGGUGAGGACGUCUUGUUCUACACCUCCCAGAGAAACCUCCGCUGCCUGGAUGUCUACCGAGCCACCUUCGGAGAAAACAAGCGAAACGAGCAUUUUUACACAGAAAAAGACCCAAGCUACUUCAUUUUCCUUUAUCUCACCAAAGACCAGCGUUUCCUCACUGUGAACAUCAAGAACAAGACCACCUCUGAGGUGUGGCUCGUGGAUGGCCGGCGCCCCUGGGACCCCCCAGUGCUGGUACAGAAGCGCACCCCGGGGGUCCUGUACUAUGUGGAGCAUUGGGAUGAUGAGCUGUGCAUCCUCACCAACCUGGGCGAGCCCACCGUGUUCAAGCUCAUGCGGACGGCGGCCAAUGCACCUGCUGUGAUGAACUGGGACCUGCUCCUCACCAUAGAGAGAAGCGCCAGAGUGGUAGACCUGAACAUGUCCCGGGCCCACUGCGUCCUGUUCCUCAAGCACCGCGGCCUGCUGGGCGUCCACAUCAUCAGGCUGGCCGACGGCUCCGUCCGCUCCCUGAAGCUCCCGCCCUGGGCCUGCGAGUUUAUCCUGGAACCAGACUCAGACCCAGACCACUGCCCCUUUCAGCUGUGCUCACCCAUCUGUCCCCCCAAGUUUUACACCUACAAGUUUGCAGAAGGCGAGUUGUUUGAGGAAACAGAGCACGAAGACCCCAUCCCCAAGACCAGUUGUGUGCUGCGGCUCGAAGCCAAAAGCAAGGACGGGACGGCGGUGCCCAUGACGGUCUUCCACAGGGCGGACGCCAAUGACUUAGGGAAGCGGCCUCUGCUGCUCCACGUGUACGGGGCCUACGGCCAGGACCUGCGGAUGGACUUCCGGCCGGAGCGGCGGGUGCUGGUGGACAACGGCUGGAUCUUGGCCUACUGCCAUGUCCGGGGUGGCGGGGAGCUGGGCCUGCAGUGGCACGUGGAGGGGCGGCUCACCAAGAAGCUCAACGGCCUCGCAGACCUGGAGGCCUGCGUGCAGACGCUCCACAGCCAGGGCCUCUCCCAGCCCCGCCGAACCACCUUGAGCGCCUUCAGUGCGGGGGCCGUGCUGGCCGCUGCCCUGUGCAACUCACGUCCGGAGCUGCUCAGAGCCGUGAGCCUGGAGGCACCUUUUGUGGAUGUCCUCAACACCAUGAUGGACCCCACCCUUCCGCUGACGCUGGAGGAGCAGGAGGAGUGGGGAAGCCCUUCCUCCGACGAGAGGCACAAGAGCUACAUCAGGAGCUACUGCCCCUUCCAGAACAUCAGGCCUCAGCACUACCCAGCGAUGCACAUCACUGCCUACGAGAACGACAAGCGAGUCCCCCUGAAGGGCGUCCUAGCCUACACCCAGAAGCUCCGGACAGCUGUGGCCCAGCACGCUGAGGAGGCUGAAGACGGCUACCAGGCCCCCCGCAUUGUCUUAGACGUCCAGCCUGGAGGCAACCACGCCCUUGGAGGUUCACACUUGACGAUCCUGGCCCAGAUCAAGUUCCUGUAUGAAGAACUGAAGCUGGACAGCGUUGCUAUGUCUGAGACUCUUGGGAAAUAUCUCAAGUGCUGAAACGGGACUUUCCACAGACAUUGGACACAGCUGAGAUAGUUAACCCUGUUA